AUGUUGGCUGCGGUUAGCCCACAGAACGGAGUGUGCUUCUUGAGUACCUUGUUGGGUACCUUGAGUUGGGUUGAACGUUAUUGGCAGUCAUUGGAGAAAGAUGAGUUUGUGGACUUGAGGAGGCACCUAUCGUGGGAACCACACAAACGGCGGCAGAUAUGGCGCGAAUUGGCGCAGCAGCCGGGUGCAGAGUUGCGCUUCAAUCCUGCACAGUGGACCAUGAUUCGUGACGGCGAAUACGACUGCCCGCUGUACAUCCCGACGCUGCCAAGUCUCACCGACUUCGGCGGCCACUUGUUGUUGAUGAACGAAGCCAAAACGGCCGUCGGGACCACAGUCGGGUCGACCGUGGGCAGGACCGUCGGCGGGUCCGGCUGGGAUUCGAACGCGCGCGUGGAAACGACGGUGGGUUCGGAGGAAGGCAAACUCUCGAUGGAUGCAUAUAAGGUGUAUUGUAUGGUGAGGAGCACGUUGCCGGAGGCUGGAUGGGAGAGUCUGCGGCGCAUAACGCCGGCUACAUUCGACCACUGCAACCUGGCAUACGUAGAAGUGGCUGCGGCGAUAUCGUCAUGUUUCGAAAGUCCGUACGGAACGGUGGAUGGGCGAAUGCAUGAUGCGGUGGUGGAGAAGUUGGGGUCUAGAUGGACACGAGUACGACUGCGUAACUGGUUGACGGGUUGUUUGUUACAGCAUGCACAAGGCUCACUGUCACAUUUGCUGGAGUUUUGUGCAACGGUCCUAAAGUUUGUACCGCCUACGAGUUACGCUCAUCCGCGACAUGACGGUGACAAUGUGACGGUUGAUCAUGCGCACAUUCCGGCGACACGACGAUUAGAGUGUUUGCGGGCACGACCUCUGAGAAUUUCGGAGCAUUUACGAAGACCUGAUUUCGGUGACGCAAUUCGACUAGCGGUUUGGGCUUUCCACAUCGCAGGCUUGCCCACAAUCUCUGCAAGGGAGUACGGAAGCAUGUGUCAAGCAGACCUAGCUGAGGUUAUACAUCAAAGCGGAAACACAUCACAAGCCGCCGCCGCCGCGAAUCCAGAAGAGCAUGCAUGGAUCCGCCGAUACUGGGAAUUGCUGGGACCAGAACAGUUUCAACGUCUCUCCGAUGGCGUGGACUCCGCCCUUCAUCGACGACGACUCACCUGGUUGAAAAAUGCCCCCAUUCUGAGAGUCCUGCUCGCCUCCGAGCCUAUCGCACCUCGGCUGUCGACCACGGCGGAGCUCUCAUCCAACCGAACAAUGCUACCGACGGAAUGGACGAUGACUAGUGUGCUGGGUGCACCGGAGGGGUGCGGUGGAGAACGGCCUUUGUACAUUCCAGAGUUGGGAGUGAUGAAGACAGGAGUUCGAUGCCGACCGUGUUUCCGUGAUGAGUAUGAGGCUUAUUAUUUGUUGCAUCAACUGCUGGGAGACGAGAGGUGGGCGAAGCUUCGGACCAUUAAACCGGAAGAUUUCAAGGAGUGUGCACAGGGGUACAUCAGGCUCGCUGCAGAGUUCCAACGUUACUUUCUGUCCCCCUUCGGCAUCCUCGAUACUCUGCUCAUGACCUGGAUCAGCAAAGAAGCGAAGCUUGCCUACCGAUCGCCAACUCUUACAAACUGGAUUAGCGGAUGUCUUCUGCAGUACUGCCAAAUGCCCUUCCACGACCUUGUCCAAUUUUGUCACAAUCACUUCCGAAUGAGUCUGUUUGCGUCUGACUCGUCUUCGGAGUCGCUGCCGGCACAGUUGAAAGCAACCGCAGAGGCGAUGUCGCGCUUGCCAGUCAUCUCAAUCGCCGAACUCGCCACCCAGCGGGCGGUUCGAAUCCCAGGAUUGCGCCUGGAAACCGCCUCACUCGCAGAACCAAAAAAUCCCGCCCGGAACGGUGACGAAGAACACGCACCCAAAAGGCAUUGUUCGGAUCGUGCAGACGACGACGGCGGGAAUGCCUCUGGAAGUUCAAGCUCCAACGACGGGGAGGCGUGGCUGCAGCAAGUAACUAGCCGAUGGAGAGAGUGGCUGGAAAGUCCUCAGGUCCAAGAACUGGCAGAGUUGCCAGCUAUAAAGUACGCUUGCACUAAUUACUGGCCACAACUCUCCCGCUGCAUGGCCAUACUGGACAAUGAAGGGUGCGAGACUGAACGCUAA